AUGGGUGCCGUUCCAACAUCAAUUUUUAAUAUCUCAUCACUUCAAGGUAUGUCGCUUACGAGAAAUAACUUGUCAGGCAAUCUUCUAUCAAGUAUAGGGCUUUGGCUACCCAAUCUUAAUGUGCUCUAUCUUGGAGGAAAUAACCUCAUUGGAAUUAUUCCCGAGUCAAUUUCAAAUGCUUCUAAACUCACUUCUUUAGACCUUGGUAACAAUGCAUUUACGGGUUCAAUUCCGAAAUUGCUUGGCAACAUUCCUAGUGAAAUUGGUAAUAUAAGCAAUUUGGUAAUCUUGACUUUGCCACAAAAUGGUUUGAUCGGAUUCAUUCCCUCUACAAUUAAAUUGUUAGGAAAGCUUCGAAUAUUGGAUCUUUCCAAAAAUAGACUUCAAGGGUCCAUUCCAAAUGAUGUAUGCCAACUCAAGAACAUGGGUGAUCUACGAUUGAACCAAAAUGAACUUUUUGGAUUGAUUCAUGAAUGCUUAGGGAAUAUUACAUCUUUAAGAUAUCUCUACCUCAAUUCAAACAAACUAACGUUCGCCAUACCUACAAGGUUGGGCAAUCUUAAAGAUAUCUUGGAAAUUAACCUGUCCUCGAAUUCUUUAAAUGGCAAUCUACCACCACAACUUGGGAGUUUCAAAGUUGCAACACUAAUAGAUUUUUCAAUGAACCAAUUCACAGGUAAAAUCCCAAGUACAAUUAUAGGUUUGCAAAACUUGGUUACUCUUUCAUUGGCUCACAACAAGUUACAAGGAUCUAUACCUGACUCAUUUGGCAGUAUGGUGAGCUUGGAAUUCUUAGAUCUAUCCUAUAAUGACCUCUCCGAUGUGAUCCCCAAGUCCUUAGAGACACUGUCUCAUCUUUCAUAUCUCAACAUUUCUUUCAAUAAGUUAAGAGGACAAAUUCCAAAUGGGGGACCUUUUGCAAACUUCACCAUUCAAUCUUUCAUGUCGAAUGAAGCAUUAUGCGAAGAAAUAAAACUCCAUCCAAUGUUGAUCUCUUACCAACAAUAA